CCACAGAUUCUGCGCAGACUUAGCAAAGUCUGCGUGUCGUGAACGCAGCCAGUAUCUCUGGCUCCAUCUAGUAAAGCUGAAUGUAACGUCUGUUACUUCUGCCCCGAAACACACGCAAAACUCCUCCCCUUACGUAAAUUCAUCCGAGCGUACUGUACUAAUAAAAGCUUGCUAGUAAUAUUAGGCAAGCGAGUGCUGGUAGAAAGGUUAGUGUAAACCGAAAUCAAGUGUUGAGUGUUCACCAGUUUAAAAAGGGAGCAACAUGGACAAGAUCAUUCCUAACACUGGCGAAGAAAAGCUGGAUCAGGCAAUCAAGCAAUGGCUGAAGUAUGAUAAGAACCCUAAAACUUCAGAGGCAGUUCAGCAGCUGGUGGCUGAUGGCAAUGUAGAGGAACUGCGUGUUUCCUUCGGCUUACGGAUGGAGUUCGGAACUGCAGGCCUCAGGGCAGCCAUGGGUGCAGGAACAUCCCGGAUGAACGAUCUGACCAUCAUCCAAACAACACAGGGCUUUUGCAGUUACCUGGAGAAGAGUUUCCCAGACCUGAAGGAAAGAGGAGUCGUCAUUGGAUUUGAUGCUCGAGCCCACCCUCCAAGUGGAAGCAGCAGCAUUAGAUUUGCAAAGUUAGCUGCAGCUGUUUUCAUCAGCCAUGGAGUUCCAGUCUAUCUCUUCUCAGACAUCACUCCAACUCCAUUUGUGCCAUAUACAGUGACUCAUCUGAGUCUGUGUGCUGGGAUUAUGGUGACGGCUUCUCACAAUCCAAAACAGGACAAUGGCUACAAGGUUUAUUGGGCCAAUGGAGCUCAGAUCAUCUCGCCACAUGAUCACGGGAUUGCCAGUGCCAUUGAAGAGAACCUGGAGCCUUGGCCUCAGUCCUGGGAUGAAACCAUCAUUAAAGACAGCCCUCUUCUAAAAGAUCCUUAUGCAGACAUCAACAGGGAUUAUUUCCAAGAUAUACAGAAACACUGCUUUCACAGGGAAAUUAACAAGGUGUCUAAAAUUAAAUUUGUCCACACAUCUGUGCAUGGAGUAGGACACAAAUUUGUUCAGUCAGCUUUCAAGGCUUUUGACUUUGCCCCACCAUUGGCAGUCGCAGAGCAGAAAGAUCCUGAUCCAGAAUUCUCUACUGUGAAGUACCCUAACCCCGAAGAAGGAAAAGGCGUAUUGACGUUGUCUUUUGCGUUGGCGGACAAAGAAGGAGCUCAAGUUAUUCUCGCAAAUGAUCCUGAUGCUGAUCGACUUGCAGUAGCUGAGAAACAAGACAGUGGAGAGUGGAAAGUGUUCUCAGGAAAUGAGUUGGGUGCCUUGUUAGGCUGGUGGAUCUUCAUCUGUUGGAAGGAGCAGAACACAGACCCUUGUGCUUUAAAGGAUGUAUACAUGCUGGCCAGCACAGUUUCUUCAAAAAUCCUCAGAGCCAUUGCGCUUAAAGAGGGAUUCCACUUUGAGGAAACAUUGACAGGGUUUAAGUGGAUGGGAAACCGUGGCAAGCAGCUAUUGGACCAGAAGAAGACUGUUCUCUUUGCUUUUGAAGAGGCUAUAGGAUAUAUGUGCAGCCCUGUUGUUCUUGAUAAAGAUGGCGUCAGUGCCUCUGCUAUAACCGCAGAGCUAUGCAGCUACCUUGCAAUCAGGAACAUGACCCUAUCCCAGCAGCUGAAAGCAAUCUAUGAAGAAUAUGGUUAUCAUAUUACAAAGGCCUCCUACUUCAUCUGCCAUGAUUCAAAGACUAUCAAACAAUUAUUUGAAAGGCUGCGAAACUUUGAAGGAGAAAACACAUACCCCAAAACGUGUGGAAGCUUUGAAGUAUCCGGAGUGAGAGAUUUAACAACUGGCUAUGACAGCAGCCAAGCUGACAAGAAAGCUGUGCUCCCUACCAGCAAGAGCAGUCAGAUGAUAACAUUUACCUUCUCUAAUGGUGGAGUAGCUACAAUGAGGACCAGUGGAACAGAACCCAAAAUCAAGUACUACACUGAGCUCUGUGCGCCGCCCGGGAACAGUGACCCCGAACAGCUAAAAACAGAACUGAGCAGCUUGGUGGAUGCAAUUGUGGAACAUUUCUUUGAACCACAAAAGAAUAGUCUUAAACCUCAGCCAGAGUAGAGUACUGUAAUUGUACAGAAAACACAGCAAGCCUUAAAUCAUUGAACUUGUAACUGAAGACUAUAGUGUGGCAUAUUUACACAGUAGAGAGCAUAUUUAACUUUUAUCGCACACUUCAAAUAACACAGAACAGCCUGGACCAAAUUGAAAUACCAUAAAUACUGUAUAAUACCAACACAUUUGAGAUACUGAAGAAAUAUUUUAAAUUUUGUAGCCAGGUGUAGGACUUUGUACACAGAACACAAGCAAACAGAAGUCUGGAGGGCAGUUUAAACUUGUGUACAAUGUCCUCCAGUCUUUUGUUUGUUUGUCUGUUUUUACUAUGGCAAAUCAUGAUUUUUGCAUUUUAGCAAACAAGGUAUGGUAAUCAAGUCUUACUACUUAAUUGCUUGAACAGCUUCUGCACUGCCUCUCGCACUCAUUGCGAUCAAAAGCUUUGUUAUUUUUACUUCAAGUUCAUGUUAAAACAAAUACUCCACUGCCACUGUUUUACACUAAGCACUAACAAUGUUUACAAAUCUACAGACGUGCUCAAAUUUGUUGGUACCCCUCCACAAAAAACGAAGAAUGCACAAUUUUCUCUGAAAUAACUUGAAACUGACAAAAGUAAUUGGCAUCCACCAUUGUUUAUUCCAUAUUUAAUAGAAAUCAGACUUUGCUUUUGAUUUUUACCCAACAUAAUAUUGUAAAUAAGAAAACAAAUGAAAAUGGCAUGGACAAAAAUGAUGGGACCGCUAACCUAAUAUUUUGUUGCACAACCUUUAGAGGCAAUCACUGCAAUCAAACGUUUUCUGUAGCUCUCAAUGAGACUUCUAAACCUGUUAACAGGUAGUUUGGCCCACUCUUCCUGAGCAAACUACUUUAGCUGUCUCAGGUUUGAUGGGUGCCUUCUCUAGACUGCAAGUUUCAGCUCUUUCCAUAGAUGUUCGAUAGGAUUCAGAGCAGGACUCAUAGAAGGCCACUUCAGAAUAGUCCAAUGUUUUGUUCUUAUCCAUUCUUGGGUGCUUUUAGCUGUGUGUUUUGGGUCAUUAUCCUGUUGGAGGACCCAUGACCUGCGACUGAGACAGAGCUUUCUGACACUGGGCAGUACGUUUCGCUCCAGAAUGCCUUGAUAGUCUUGAGAUUUCAUUGUGCCCUGCACAGAUUCAAGGCACCCUGUGCCAGGCACAGCAAAGCAGCCCCAAAACAUAACCGAGCCUCCUCCAUGUUUCACUGUAGGUAUGGUGUUCUUUUCUUUGAAAGCUUCAUUUUUUCGUCUGUGAACAUAGAGCUGAUGUGACUUGCCAAAAAGCUCCAGUUUUGACUCAUCUGUCCAAAGGACAUUCUCCCAGAAGGAUUGUGGCUUGUCAAUAUGCAUUUUAGCUAAUUCCAGUCUGGCUUUUUUAUGUUUUUCUUUCAAAAGUGGAGUCCUCCUGGGUCUUCUUCCAUGGAGCCCACUUUUGCUCAAAAAGCGACGGAUGGUGCGAUCAGAAACUGACAUACCUUCACCUUGGAGUUCAGCUUGUAUCUCUUUGGCAGUUAUCCUUGGUUCUUUUUCUACCAUUCGCACUAUCCUUCUGUUCAAUCUGGGGUCGAUUUUCCUCUUGUGGCCGCGCCCAGGGAGGUUGUCUACAGUUCCAUGGACCUUGAACUUCUUAAUAAUAUUUGCAACUAUUGUCACAGGAACAUCAAGCUGCUUGGAGAUGGUCUUGUAGCCUUUACCUUUACCAUGCUUGUCUAUUAUUUUCUUUCUGAUCUCCUCAGACAACUCUCUCCUUUGCUUUCUCUGGUCCAUGUUCAGUGUGGUGCACACAAUGAUACCAAACAGCACAGUGACUACUUUUCUCCAUUUAAAUAGGCUGAAUGACUGAUUUCAAGAUUGGAGACAUGUGUGAUACUAAUCAAAUAAACUAAUUAGUUUGAAAUAUCACUAUAAUCCAAUUAUUUAUUAUCUUUUCUAAGGGGUACCAACAAAUGUGUCCAGGCCAUUUUAGAAUAUCUUGGUAGAAUAAGCAAUAAUUCAUCUCUUUUCACAGCUUCUUUGCUUUAUUCUAUGACAUACCAAAGGCAUGCAAGUAUACAUGAUAAAAUAGCUUUUAAUUUCAUCACUUUUCAGGAGGAAUGAAGCAUUAUUUCAAUGAGCUGUAAGGGUACCAACAAAUUUGAGCACGUCUGUAUAUAUCCCUAAUUCAAGUAUAAAAAAACGAGCAAUGUAUAGGUAAGAAAGAAGUAAGAAAAUAGAUUUAAACUAAAAAAAAAAAAAAAGUACAACAUUCAAAAGAAACUACUCUGUUAUGAAUAGCAUUAUCACAGUAUUCUCGACAUGUCCCUUACUAAAUCUACUGUUAAUAAUUGUUAAUAGAUGAGCUUUUUAAUCAGUAAUUCAAUACUGCCUGUUACAUUUGUAUGGUUAUGGUAUGUUGUGAAAGAUACAAAUACUGUGAAUAUUGUUUACCAUCUGUAUAACAAGGCGAUCACACGCUGUACAGUAAACCAGAAUUGCAGAAUGAAUUCUGUAUAAACAAGGCACAGGCAUUCAGGAUUAACAUAGUUUACUGCUUUUAGGGCAAAAAGGGUAGUGAUAAUGAUGGUAUCUAAUCCAAGUUACAACUGAAGGGCAAUAAAAAUGACAAACUAGUUAAUGUACUACUCUCUGUAUCCCGCUCAACUUUGUUAUAUCUGACAAUUGUAGAUGAACCUUGACUCUACCAUAUUUUUUUUUAUUUUGUUAUUUAAUUAAUUCAUAUUACAAGAUUAUUUUUAAAUGUACAUUUGGUAACUCUAUACAAGUGGCAGUUGAUAUUGGGAUUCUUUAAGAAAUAAGAUUUAUUAACGCUAUUGUAAAUUGUUACCAUAUUAAAUGAAAGCAGGUCAUAAGGGAACAAUACAGCACUAGCUUUAUCAAAGGUGCAGUUGUUGUAUAUAAAGGCCCACUCAUGAAUCCUGACCUGUUCCACUGGACCAAAAGCUUCCUUGGUCAAAUGACUAGCAAUGCUGUCUCGCAGACUGGUUGGGUACAUUCCAGCAAUGUUCUGCUUUUAGUCUCCCAAUCAUACAGUAUAUGUAUGUUUUUAAUAUUAUACUUCAGGAAGCUACAGUUUAAAAUACCCACACUACCUAAAAUAUCCGAAGCAUAAACAAACUUUAAUUGACCCCCCCCGCCUCCUGUUUUGUAAAACCUACAACAAAUUGUCUACAUUGAACACUUUAAAUGGUGUUUUUAUAUAUAUAAAUAAAAUAAAAUAAUAGUCUUAAUAAAAUGAAGUCUUCAGGAUUUUUUUUCUUCUGCUUGCACUGACUGAUGCAGUUUACCUCCACAGUGCUAACCUUGAAUAGCAGGGACAGUCAUUUAUAUUCUUCCAGCAGGCUCCUCUUUGUUGUAAAGACUUGUUCAGUGCCAGAAUAAAAUCAAAGCUUGCCUUAAAUCAGCAAAAUGUCUUCAUUCCGCUUCAUUGAACAAGGCACCUCGAACUCAGAGGUGGCCUGCUCUGAAGAUUUGUAGGUGCAGUACAAAGAUAUUGCCUUGGUCAUAAUUUAUGUACAACUGUCUUGUCUAAUGUGUGUUGUUGCUAACAUAAUUUCAUUCCCAUCAUAAAAAUAGUAAAACCAUUAUUACAAUUUUAAUUCACACAAUAUACUAUGUGUUUUUAUGGGCUGGAGUUGAGUCCCAGUUGUCUCAUGUAGAACCACUGGUAAAAAGAAACCCUGUCGAAUGUAAUCUAUCUUUUUUUUAAAUAUAUUUUUGCUUUUCACAAGUGUGACUGUAUAAUCAUUUUCAAAUUAUAUAAAUUAUUCUGAUUUACUGGAUGGCUGGAUCUGUGCAGUUACAGGUUUAAUAACUCAUUGUAUUUAAGGUUAUGACCAUUGUAUUUCCAGGUAUGUGUGCAUUUUCUGUUAAACUUGUUAAAAAGCAUUGGCUAAUCAUUGAUAAACCUUACUACUGUAUUUCAAUAAAGAUCUGGCUUAAACAUUA